AUGCUGUCAACAGGAGUUUGUCGAUCAUUGCGCUGCGCUGGCCGUAUCGCACUUGGUCGCCUUGGAGAAGCAUCGUCGAUAGCACCUAGAUUCUUGCCGCAACAGUGUCGGCUCAGCACAGCCAUAUCAACUUUAGUAAAGCGCGGCAGUCACUCAGGUCGAAUCGUACCAUUGUUAGCAGCCGCACCAUCCAGUGGGGAUUCAAGAAGGCAUUUCACCUCUGGGCGCCCGCGAGCCUCACAGAAGCCUUUUCAGUUCCUCACUGCAUACGCAUUCCAGGGUAAACCGCGCAGCUCGGAAGAUGUGCCACAGGAGGGAGACGCGUCGUCUUCUGCCUCGACCAGCGAGCACGACGGUGCACCGCCGACACCGAAGAAAGCGCAGAUCGGCGUUCCCUCAGACAGUGAGAUUGGUCGUUGGAGGGACGAACUGCUUCGAGGCGGUGAGGCAGGAGAAGAUUCGCUCAUGUGCACUUCGAUGGGCGCAGCUGACGACGUGGCUAUUGGUGUGGCCGAUGGUGUCGGCGGCUGGACCGAAAAUGGGAUUGACCCCUCGCUCUUCUCACAAGCACUCAUGUUCUACGCAUCCAGAUCAGCGGCACACACGUCAGCGGAUCCGCAAACCGGCUGUGCGCCAGAUCGAAUUCUCUCCGAGGCAUUUGAGCACGUUCUCAAAGAGCCUCUUGUCGUUGCAGGCAGCGCGACAGCAUGCAUCCUUACCAUGGACGCCUCCAAUGGCACGCUUCGCUCGGCUAACCUCGGAGAUUCUGGAUUCGUCAUCCUCCGCCAAGGCACCGGUAAGCAGGGAGUCUUCCACGUCAGUUCGCCCCAACAGCUCGGCUUCAACACACCUCUUCAACUCGCCAAAUUGCCCAAAGAAUGGAUUCAGGAGGGCUCCAUUUCUAAUACACCUAAAGAUGCCGCUUCCUGGGAAUGCACUUUGCAACACGGCGAUCUCAUCAUUGUUGGCACCGACGGCCUCUUUGACAACGUCGACGCCAAGAUUGAGAUUCCGCAGUUCGCCAAAUUUAUCAAGGAGAAACAUCACGCUUCGUACGCUGCUCGUCACGCUGCCGCAGCUUCGGAGGCGAAAGAGGACACUUUGGAGGAGGACAGGGAGUUCGUCCAGGUGCUGGCGACAAAUUUGGUCGAGUACGCCAAGAUUUGUCAGAGCUCGACGACCAAGCAGAGCCCAUUUGAGAGGGAAGCAGCGAGGUAUGGAAUCCACUUUCCCGGUGGCAAGAUCGAUGAUGUAGCGCUGGUUUGCUGUCUCGUUGUUGAGCGUUAA